CGACAGCAGUAACUGUUACGGCUUGACACAUUAGCAUUAGCUUACAUACAAGAAACAGCGGCGGUGUCGAUUGAGGAGCUUUCAUCUCACAAUGUCAGCCACCGGUCCAGAAGGUUCGGGCGCAGCGUCAAGCAACAGGCGCUUGCAGCAUACGCAGGCUCAGGUGGAUGAGGUGGUGGAUAUAAUGCGUGUCAAUGUGGACAAAGUGCUGGAACGAGACCAGAAGCUGUCUGAACUGGAUGACAGAGCAGACGCACUGCAGGCUGGAGCCUCCCAGUUCGAGACCAGUGCUGCUAAACUGAAAAGAAAGUACUGGUGGAAGAACUGCAAGAUGUGGGCCAUUCUGAUAGCUGUCAUAGUGAUCAUCAUCAUCAUCAUUAUUAUUUGGAGUUACUCUUAAAACAGCAACAAGAAGAGGAGGAGUGGAGGAAACAAUGAAGAAGAGGAGUGUAGCAAUGUGCAUAAUUAAUGUCUCAGAGGAAGAGGUCACAUGAUUGCUGGCUACUGAGCUCCACAACAUUUUUCCCCUCCUGUGGGGGGUUUCUUCAUUCCUUGUCCUGGAUUGCCCUAUGUGUGUGUGUGUGUGUGUGAGUGCAUGUGCGUGUUUGCUUGCACAUGUACAUGAUUUGCCAUAAUACCAUAGUUUUACCCAGCAUUACUACACCAUACCACGCAUUGACCUUGUAUUGGAGUGCCAUGCCACAUACCAAAGAAACCGGACACGUACAUAUAGAAACAGGUUGUUAAUUAAACUCACACUCGACUAAAUCAGCCUCUCAGGAUGGUGUCAAGGGGGAAAUAAGCAGCCAAGGCUCCAGCCAAUCCAAAAUUAAAAAUAAUGAAUGAUGGAUUGUAUGACAAAGCAUACACACAUUGUCCGACCUCAGGACUAGAAGUGAAGAAUAUUGUUGUAAACUCUCCUCAACUUAUACUUUCUUUUUUUAUGUUUUAUUAAUAGCCAUUGAAUUCUGUGUGCCAAGCUAAGAGACGACGUGCCUUUGAAAAUCUUCAGCUUUUGGGUUUUCUUGUAACAGUAAUCCUGCAUAUUAUCGAAGAGAUACUCCUUUCCAACACACAUUUUUUCCACAACAUUUUUACUCUUCAGAGUGUAACACCAAUGUUUUGGAUUUUGCUCUUCAUUUAAAAAAAAUUGCUCAUCUGUUAUUUUUCAAAUGGUUACAGUUGACAAGGGGAUGUUGGGACCCGAUGCCUUAUUUUAUUUAUGCACACGCUUGAUUGCUGAUAGACAGCUCUGUUUAACACAUUCGAUUUUUGUUUAAUAAAGAGGAAUUUCAUUGGUCACCUGACAACAAAGAGGCUUACCAGGAACACACUGUUGCGCUAGAUGAUAUUUUCAUGUCCAUCUUACUCUCAGGUAGGAUUUAGUAUACAGUAUAAGCUAGUAGGAGCUUAUGUUUAAGUGCCUUUAGGCUAAGACCAACAAUCUCACAGCAUGUCAAACUGCCACCAUAUUUAAAAAACACAAAAAGUGAUACACUGGGUCUACGAAGUGGUGAAUUAUCACCACUAUCUAAUCAGGUGCUCUCCAGGAUGUGCCAGAAAGUUUGUCCUUGUGACAUAUUCAAGCACAAAAAAGAAAGGAAAUAUAGUUUUAGACAGAUGCCUUAAUGGGGUUCUCCAUUGGAGAACUGCCAAAAAUACAGCCACACCUUAUUGGUCAUAUAUACCAGCCAGUUUAAGAGUUGUGCCUUUUGAAUGAUCUGACUUUCCAAACAGAUACUGAGUUGCUUGCUUUAUUCAGCUGAAUUCAUUAAACUUUAAUUAAGUCUUCUGAAUAGUCACACUGAUGUCCCAUCUGAUCAAUACAAAUGCUUAUGUGUGCUAUUUUAGUUUUAUUAUCCUUUAAUAGUAGCUUGUUUUGUUUUGUUUUUUGCAAAUUAUUAUAUGUAGAACUAAUCUUAGGGGGUGUUAUGUUUUUUUUGUGAUUGUGCUCAUUGCCUCCCAGCAUCAUGGGUGUUGGGAGUGUGGAAAAAACUUUAUUGGGCAAUGACAGUAUGAGAUGUACUAUGUCAA